AGAUAAUCAUUGCAGAAGAGAACCUGCACAAACCAUGCCUUACACGCCGGUAGUUACGUGCAUAUUGCGUGGCUCGUACACGACGCCAUGGAAUGCCGUAUAGGUCGCGAUGCUCAACUGAUGCACUGCAGGCUGCAAAGUGCGUAAUGAUCGCUUCAGCCACCUCGACCUCGCAUGAGUCGAGCAACGCUGCCCCCUUCGACUAUGGUGCCGACGAUGCUGCAGCAGGGCAACCAACGGCCCGAGCCCUCAGCCGCAGCCAGUGGUUCGCCAAAGGAAGCUGUAGGGCUGCAAGAUUGUAAUAGGUCUCCAUUAUCGCAUCUGUAGACUAUCAGCUUGCGCAUGACGAUGCGCAACAGAUUGUUCGUUGGAGUAGCACACAGAAUAACGAGAUAUUCCGUAAUCUAUAAAAGAGAUCUACCUUCUCCGAGCGUAACGGGGAGUAUGCAAUUGGGCAGACGAUAGGGCAGAUGGGGCAGACGAUGGGGCAGAUGGGGCAG